AUGAGGUCGGCGGCUGGAGAUGAACCCGGUUCAGGGGGAACGACGGCGUUGCCGAUCGGGGAGGAGUCGAGCGCAAGGUUGACUCGGUCCAGAGCAAGAUUGCUGGCAGGGGAGAAGACUGAGCCUAAAGAGGCGGCGCAGUCAGUCGGAGACUCUCGAGGCAAACGGCGGAAGGUGGAGGGUGUCAGUGUGGGGAAGAGUAGAGCGGCGGAGGGCGGUAAAAGGAUGCUGACAGCGGAGGAAGUCGCCUUGGCUGCCCGGCCGCUCCCUCCCGAAGAACCUCCAUACCCCAAAUCUGGUGAUCAUGCUGACGUGGUGGCUUGGAUUAAUGCGAAGGAUGCGCUGUAUAACAAGGAUAACCUUGGAGAGGAAGGUUCUCUUUUUAACAUUCUGAUGCUUGGGAGAGGAAAGGUCAGGGUCAAGAAAUCCGUGGCAUCUGCAGCAAGCAUGGAAUCCAUGGACGGUAGAGACAUGAUCGCAGACGUGGCCCGCUCCGUUGUGAAUCCGCUAAUAGUACCCGUCUCCUUGUUUCCAGAUGGGAAGGUUUUAUAUACCACAGGCAUCAUCAUUGAGUAUGAUGAGAUUGGUAAGUGCGCUAAGAUCUUGUCUUCGUCCAGCUUCAUGUGCACGAAGGAGGGCAAGCUGCGGCACCCAGAUCAAAAGGUAUUAGUUCACCUGUCAAAGGAUACUGUUGUGGAGGCACGGGUGAUAUUCUUGAACGGCCACUAUGGAAUAUCGCUUUUGGAUAUCAGUACACUGUUCACUCUGGUGCCAGCUUCUUUGGGAUCUGGACCGUGUUAUGGACAGAAUGUAUCUGUAUUGGAUAGAGAAGUAGAUCAUGCAUUGGUUGUCAGCCGUGGCUCAAUACUGUGUUUAGAGUAUCCUUCUUUCCAGAGGAAUCAUUAUAUGUUUACCAGCUACUUUAGCCACCUGAUUUGCACUGGUGGGCCAGUAAUUAACAACAGUGGCGAGGUCAUCGGUCUGGUUGUCAAACAUAUCCCGCAAGCCGCUAUUGUAUCGGCAUCUAUAGUGAGAAAGUGUAUUCAGAUGUGGAAUCAAUUUGGCCGGAUCGCUCAUCCUAUUCAUCACCUUAAGUUGACGACCGUGCGAAUGCUGGAUAUGGUUUAUCGAGAUGAGCUUUGGUCCCGCCACAAUAUCAGAAGUGGUUUUAUUGUAGCUGAGGUGUCUCCUAACUCUACUGCUGAGAAGAUUGGAAUUCGAAGAGGAGACGUGAUUGAAUUGAUUGACUUGGAUCAUCUUUCUACCGUUGUUGAGGUUGUCAUGACACAGUUGCAGAACAACUCCAAAACUGCAGGAAGAAAAAUGCCUCCAAUCGUUUCUAGGUCAUGGUGUGCCUGA